GCUUCUUGCUAUUGUCGUAAAAGCUAUUGUUAUUAUCAUCUUUAACCCUUUCAGUGACACAGAGUUAAAAAACCGCCAGUCUAUUACGUUUCAAAUGGGUAAAACCGGCGAAAUCCAAGCUCCCGUCUCGACCUCAGAGAAACCAAAAAGACAAUCGAGCUCCAGAAACUUAAAGAGGAAGUUUUCAUCUGAUGAAGAGCCUCCCAUCGAGAACAACAACACGAGCCUGAGGAGGUCAUUGCGAAGAGGGAGUUCCUUUGCCUUCCUCACCCCAAGACCGCAGUGGGACUUCAGUCUGAAGCGGAAGCUCAGAGAGAAGGAUGACGGCGACGCAGUCAGCCUCUGCAGCUUCGACUUUAAGGAACCCAGCAACAAGCGUGUCCGUCCUCUCGGCAGGGUGACGUCGCUAGCCAACCUAAUUUCUCCGGUGAAGAAUGGGGCCGUCCGGCGCUUCGGCCAAACCAUCCAGGCCUCGUUCCGGGGCGAUGGCAAGUCGCCGGGCGUGCCCCAGAAGCCCUGCAGCAAGGCAGCGGCCCCUACACCGCCCAAAAGGAGGAACAGCACGUUGUGGUCGGAGACUCUAGACGUUCACCAGAAAGGAACUUUCUCCACCAAAGAGAUUAAGCGGCAGGAGGCCAUAUUUGAGCUGUCUCGUGGAGAACAGGACCUGAUUGAGGACCUCCAGCUCGCACGCAAGGCGUACCAUGACCCGAUGCUGAAACUCUCCAUUAUGUCUGAGGAGGAGCUCACUCAUAUCUUUGGCAACCUGGAUGCCUACAUCCCCCUGCAUGAGGACCUCCUGGCGCAGCUCUCCAAAGCCACAGGGGCUGAUGGGACUGUGGGCGAGAUCGGACAGAUUGUUGUAAACUGGCUGCCCAGGCUCAACGCCUACAAGGACUACUGCAGCAACCAGCUGGCAGCCAAGGCCCUGCUAGACCAGAAAAAGCAGGACCGGAGGGUGCAGGACUUCCUGCAGCGCUGCCUUGAGUCACCCUUCAGCAGGAAGCUGGACCUGUGGUGCUUCCUCGACAUCCCACGGUCUCGCCUGGUCAAGUACCCACUGCUGCUCAAAGAGAUUCUGAAACACACUCCACCAGAGCACCCAGAUGCUGCCAGCCUGGAUGAAGCGAUCACCAUCAUCCAGGGUGUGCUGUCAGACAUCAACAUGAAGAAGGGAGAGUCUGAGUGCCAGUACUACAUUGACAAGUUGGAGUAUCUCGAUGACAGGCAGAAAGACACUCGCAUCGAGCAGUGCAAAAGCCUGCAGUGUCAUGGGGAACUUCGUAACAAGAGCGGCACGAAGUUGCAUGUGUUCCUGUUCACUGAGCUGCUGGUUCUGACCCGCCCCGUCACCAGGAAUGAGCGUCACUGUUUCCAGGUUUACCGGCAGCCAAUCCCAGUGCAGGAUCUUGUGUUGGAGGACCUGCAGGAUGGAGAUGUCCGAAUGGGCGGCUCCUUCAGAGGAGCUUUCAGCAACGCAGACAAAGCCAAAAACAUUUUCCGUGUGCGAUCCCAAGACCCAAGCCACGCGCAGUCCCACACACUGCAAGUUAACGAUGUUUUCCACAAGCAGCAAUGGCUCAACUGCCUCCGCAGCGCCAUUUCCGUCCACCGGCCUCUCAGCGAGCCCUCCACACCCUCCCCGUCUGCAAGCGACGCUCGCUCCAAGCGCCGCCCUUCCUCCGCCUCGGCUAUCGUCCACAUGGAGGAAGCAGAUGAGAACUGCCCACAGCCGACUUCUCAGUCUGCACCUAGCUCACCAUGCAACAGCACAGCCCCCAGCCCCACCACAACAUCCCCUUCAUCCUGCUCAUCAUCUUCGUCAUCGACAUCGUCGCCACUCUCCUCUCCCACAACACACAAAACCAAAAAGGACAAGAAGUCUUUGUAUUCUUUAGGGAAGAGAAAAGAGACUAUGGUGUGAACUGUAGUGAAAGGAGAAAGUGGACUCCUGAGCGGACAUUUUUUGUACAUAACUGUUAAAAAAAACAACGCAGAAAAAUGUGGGACUUGUAUUUAUGUGUGUCUGUGCGUGUGAAUAUAAUUACAGCAGUGUUCUGUGUUACCGUCCUCUUCGGCAGCUAUUUACCUUACCCCUCCAUCCAAGUGCAUCCCACAGAGACACAGUAUUCUGGAGAGAAGUGCACGGCUUCCACCAGCUCUAAAAAGGGAAGCACAAUGGGAGGCAAACACACGUUUCACAUGUGAAUCUGUGUGUGAGUGAGUUUGUUGAUUUCUUGAAGAUAGAGGUGGUGCAUUCAAUCUUGUUUACUAUUAAUUUGAUAUUUAAGCAUUAUUUUAGACCUUAUCGGGGGGGGGGCUAAUGAAAGAUUUACAUUUUUAUAUUCAAAAAUUUAUUGUAGUAUUUUUUUAGGUAUCAUAAAGCAGCACUGUUUUAGCUUUUAGGUGAAGUUAUUUGAAAAUUUGAGCAUGUUUAGCAGGAAAGAAAGAAAGAGAGUCCUCAAAAGAAGGUGAGAUGUUUUACAUAAAGAUUGAAAUUUCUCUGUUGAAGUCUGAUUUUUCGAUCAGUCACAAGAGGCGUCUUAUUUUUAUACAUUCCUUUAAUGACAGUUAUUGGGAUCAGGACACUAUUUUAUUUUUUGCAUUUACUGCAGUCAGAGGCAUUAGUUUAAAUCCAGUAACUGAUGAAAUUUCGGUUUCUUUCUGUUAGAACAAAGACAUUGCUAUUAAGCCUAAUGAUAGCAAAUUUUAUAUUUUCAGAUCAUGUCAGGAGAGAUGGGGAGUUUUGUUUUGAAACAAAAUUUUGAACUGAGCCAUGUUGGUUUUUAAAAAGCUGACUUUUCAGAAUGAAACAUCACUUUUCAGUGUAGCAUCUUGCGUGGAACUUUGGUUAUGGACACUGCUUGCACCAGUGCAGGCAGCAGGAUGUAUUUACCUUUCCUGAGGGACAGGACAGUUAAAUGUGGAAAAGACUGGUUGAUGGAAAUAAGAGAAUGUUGUUGAAGGCUGAAGAGAAAAAGAGCAAAGAUGGAUAAAGCUGAGUUUUAGAACUGAAAUAGAUUGUCAGUGCAAGAUGAUAACUUCCUUUAGCUUUGUCUAUAAGUUGAUGUUAUGUCUUGCACAUAGAUGGAUGAGAGAUGGUAAAAAUCAAGUGUGUAAAUUAAUGGCUAAAGAACGUAGGGGAAGGGAGAUAAAGAACAAGGAUUUUGUAUGUGAGCACAAUGUGUUUUUUAUUGAUGCGGUGGAACAAAGAAAAGAGAAUGGGCAACUUGUUUGCCUUGAGCUGUAUGUAAUUAAAAGAACAAUAAAGAUCUGUGUAAGAUUUGCAACUGA